AUGGUGGCGCGGUGGGCGCUGGCGUGUCUGCUGGCGGCUCUGCCGUGGGGCGUGGUGCGGGCAAGCGUGGAGAGGGACCUCUCCCCAGAGUGCCGGGCGUUCCUGUACAUGGGCACACCGCCCGUGGGGCUGGAGGAUCACUCGCUGAGGAAGAUCUGCCAGCGCUACAAUGGCAGGCCGCGGUUCGUCACCCUCUACGACACCGUCGACCACAUCCCUGUCUACUCUGCCUACACCUUCAAGCGCUCUGAUGGGGAGAGGAGGGUGGACGUGCCCUGGAUGUUCGAGCCGCAGCUCUCCACCACGUCCGACACCGGAGAAAUGCUGCCCUUCCCCCGCGGCUACCUGCACCAGAACUUCGAGGACGCGCAGGCGGUGCUGGAGGACUACGAGAACGCCGUCAGCUACGAGCGCGGCCAGCUCAACCCGGACGAGCACCAGGCCGACCCCGAUGACAAGGCCGCCACCUACACCCUGACCAACGUGGUGCCGCAGGCCCGGGAGUUCAGCAUCGGGCCCUGGAAGGAGCAGGAGCACCGCAUCCGGAAGAGGCUCAACAACUUCUGCCGUGGCACGGCUUACGUGGUGACCGGCAUCACCACCUCCGGACACAUGAUCCGCCGCCACAACAUGGACCGCGUGGCCAUCCCCACCUACAUGUGGUCGGCCUACUGCUGCAUCAACUACGACCACAACGCCCCCUACGAGGAGCGCUAUAAGUUCCCUGCCUUCGCCCACUACGGCCUCAACCAGCGGGAGGGCAACCAGGUCCUGGAGAUACCGAUCAAGAAGCUGGAGGAGUUUCUCAAGGGCUCCACCUUCGUGGACAAGAACUUCCAGAUCUUUGUGGAUGACUGUGUGCCCCCACCCUCUGCUCUUCCUUAACUGACCCCACCCCUUCCCAAGACCAAGCCCAGUUCCACAGAUCACACCUGAGCGCCUGUCUCCUCCGUUGUAUUUGAUCUGUCUUUACCAAUAAUUUUACGGCCAAUUAAAAAGUUUUA